AUGAGCUUCCGAAGCACUAAAACCCCCUCCGAGAGGGCGAGGUCCGCCGACGACCUACAGCAGCGCACCCGCACGGAACGCAAGUUCGACGAGAUGGAAUCGCAAUUCUCCGACCCUCGUAACCAAAUUAACACGGCCUCUGUCCUGCCAACGUCUUCCGCCAUGGACAGAUUAACCUCCUACCUCGGAAGCCGCAACCCCAUGGGCCGCCCCAUCACCCAGGACGACGUAGUAUGGCUGUUCGACAACACCGCCUACCGCUCGACAAAGCCAGGCGGCGGCUGGGAGGCCGAGUUCGUCGCGGCCGUGUUCGAGAAGACGCCCGGCGACCUCGACCGCAAGCUGUUUGAGAUGGUAGCCGCCAUCGCCGAGAAGCUGGGCAUCGCCGACGACGCCUCCGAGCGCGAGACCAUCAAGGAGCGCUUGCUGCCUUUUUUAAGGGAUGUCAGGCCCGCGCGCUACACGCAGGUGGCCCACGUCGAUAAGCAAUUCCGCCUAGGCCCGACUGGCCCCAACGGCAUCAGCACUGAUAAUCGCGCUUGUCUGGAGGGCGCGAACGGUGCCUUUGUGACCUCCCAAGCCAUCGUGCCGAAGGGUACGCAGGGCAUGCUGGAAAUGAGGACUUAUUUCGCCGAGCCAGAAGGAUGGGCCGUUUUGUCAGACAUUGACGACACUAUCAAGAUCACGCAGACCGGAAACCCCCUCAGCAUUCUCGUGAAGACCUUCGUGGAUCCUCCCACCCCCAUACCUGGCAUGCCGGAGCUGUACAAGUACAUUUCUUCCAUGGUUCCGACCACGACGCCUUGGUUCUACCUCUCUGCCUCGCCCUAUAACUUGUACCCUUUCCUGAGGGGGUUCUGCCAGCAGUGGUUCCCACCAGGCACCCUCAUCCUGCGGGACCAGAGCUGGCGCACUGUGGCGGGACUGCUGACGGCACUGACACUCGGGACGGAGGAGUACAAGACGGAUCGCAUCCAAAAGGUUCACCGCUGGUUCCCCAAGCGCAAGAUGAUUCUUGUCGGGGACUCGACGCAAUCUGACCCGGAGGCCUACGGUGAAAUCUACAACCAAUUCAAAGGUUGGGUCAAACUCAUCCUCAUCCGCAAGGCGACGGACAUCGACUCCAUCGGCAUCCAGUCUAAGAACGACGACAAACGCUUUGAAGAUGCCUUCCAGGGCGUCCCACGCGACGCAUGGCAUGUCUUCGAGGAUCCAGCCGAGUGCUACAGCAUUGUCGAGAACGUCGUGGCGGGUGGCUAA